CUCACUUCCGCUUCCGGUUUGGCGGCUCCUGAGGCGCCGCCGCUGCCGCCACGAUGCUCAUCAAAGUCAAGACGCUGACGGGAAAGGAGAUCGAGAUCGACAUCGAACCCACGGACAAGGUGGAGCGGAUCAAGGAGCGCGUGGAGGAGAAGGAAGGGAUCCCCCCCCAGCAGCAGCGGCUGAUCUACAGCGGGAAGCAAAUGAACGAUGAGAAGACGGCGGCCGACUACAAAAUCCAGGGGGGCUCCGUCCUCCAUCUUGUCCUGGCCCUGCGGGGGGGCGUGGCCAGGCCCUGAGGGGGGGAAAGGGGCGUGGCCAGACCCAGACCACGCCCCCUCCCUUUCAAGCCACGCCCACCCUUCAUUUCCUUCCCCCCCCCCGAGCUCCUUUCCCGCCGGUGACUCCGUUAUUAUUAUUUAAUAAAGGUUCGCUGAUGACGUCAGCAGCGCGUCGGUGACGUCA